CAACAAAUUUACGAAAGCAAAAACAAACAAGAACAAGGAGGAGAUUAACGAAACAAUGGCAGCAAUGUAUUUUGCAAAGAAUGCCCUGAUGAAUAUCACAAAAUCCUUCCCACAAAACCUCUGUUUUCCUUCGUCGUCGGUAUCUGUUCGCAAAGUCUCAAGAGUUUGCUUCACCACUGCUUAUUCAAGCUCGAAUCCUAAUCAAGAUAGGAAUACAGCAGCCGGAGAAAUGAGAGAGAAAGCAGGAUAUAGAACUGUAGAUGAAAAACACGAUAAAGAUUCACUAGCUGAUGAAGCAUCAGGAACAAUCGCAGCUAGUGCUGAUAAAGCCAGGAAAUUGUCUGGUGAUGCACAGGAAAAAAUGAAAGACAAUAUGGACAGUACAAAAGAGAAAGCAGGGGAAUGGAAAGACAAGGCAAAAGAUGCGGCAGGUUCGAUGAAGGAUAAGACCAUGGAUGCGGCAGGUUCCGUGAAGGAUAAGACCAUGGAUGCUAUGGGGAGUGCAAAAGAGAAGGGUGUAGAUAUGAAAGAAAAGACCAAAGACAUGGCUGGAACGAUGAAAGACAAAGCAAAAGAAGGAGCAAGUGAUGCAACUGAGAGUGCGUCUAAUUUAGGUGAGAAAGCCAAAGAGACUGUAUCAAAUGCAGGAGAAAAAGCCAAGGAAACUGUUAAAAAUGUUUGGGAAGCUACAAAAGAUACUACACAGAAAAUCAAAGAGACUGUUGUUGGUAAAGCCGAGGAGAUCAGUAGUAAUGAUGAAGAUGAAGCUGUUAAUGAUUUAAGGAAACGUGCUGGUGGUUAUGAUCGGAAAGACGCUAGAGAUCUUUAAAUUGCCGUUGUAUAAUCUCAGUUUCACUAGUUUUGUUGAUUAAUAAGGUUGUGGUCGUUGCUUCAAAGCAAUUCUAGCUGGGGAUGUUUAAUUGUCUAGGUUUUGUUUUUCUCGUUUAAUUGAAUGGGGCAUGUGUUAGCUAAUUC